GCUUCGUUUUACAAACUAAUACGGCGUCGUUUAUAGUCGGAAUCUUUUUGACGGCCCACUUUCUUCUGCUCUUUUUGUUUCUCGAAAUUUCGUGGCCAAAAAAUCCAGAUUUUAGUGUUUAGCCGACGCGAGAGAAAUCCGAUUUGGUAAAAUGUCGUGUACGCAUGAUCACAACUGCGAAGAUCAUGAGUGUUCUUCCGAUUGGUCUCUCUACAAACACAUUGAUCUCUCCAAGGUUUCUGCUCUGAAUGAAUCUGUUUCCGGAAGUGCAAAAUCAGUCUUCAAAGCAUGGGAAGAGAGAUUACAAUCUUCUGGGGAGCAUUUGGAGAGCAAUGAGGGAGACCCUGAAUUGCUUGUUUUUGUACCAUUCACAUCAGACGUCAAGAUCAAGAGCAUAUCAAUUGUUGGUGGCCCUGAAGGAACAAGUCCUUCUAAGUUGAGAGUGUUUAUCAAUCGCGAAGGUAUUGACUUCUCAGAUGCUGAGAGUAUGCAAGCUGUUCAGGAAUGGGAGUUAGCUGAAAAUUUGCAAGGAGUCUUAGAAUACCAGACCAGGUAUUCAAAAUUCCAGAGUGUUGGAAACAUUACAUUGCAUUUCCCUGAGAGCUUUGGAGGUGACACAACUCAAAUACGCUAUAUCGGGUUCAAAGGUGAAGCAACCCAGUUGAAAAGGGAUGUUGUUGCGACAAUCGUAUAUGAGAUUAGACCAAAUCCUUCAGAUCACAAGACAAAAGCUGAGACUGGUGGAGGGUUUUCACAAGUUGAGUGAAGGAAGACAAUAUCUGUCAUGUUUUCUCCUUAACAAGCUUAGACCUAUAUUGACAAACAUAUGUAUGAAAUAAAGUGAGAGACUUGUUUGUGGAAACAUCUCUAUGCUUAAACCCACAUGAGAUCUUUCAGAACUUUUAUUAUGAUGAAAUUUGGUUUAAGCCUAAUCCAUCUUAUAAGUUUUAUCUA